UUUCCGGGUGGGAAAGGCGUGUUUCACUCAGCUUUCUAUUCAUCAAAUUUUGUUGCUGAAAUCCGUCAAGUGAAGGUAUAGAGCCUGUAGCAUGUAAGAACAAAACAGAUAGUUUCAAAGGACAGUGGCUUGGCGGCGCAAGUGGUUGACUAACAUGGGGAAAGCUGCGCGUAGAAGGCAUGCGAACGACGGGGAAAAUGAUUCUGGGAAGGCUUUAAGGAAUGGCAGCAGUUAUCACAGUAGAGGAGACCGGCACUCUGGGACCACUGAGAGUCCUGCUGGGUUGUCCCCCUUGAAAUUAUGUCUGCUUGUGGUUACCGUGGCAACAGGUGGUCUUGUGGCUGCUUACUUUCUCAAUGAAGAUGCCCAAUCUGUGAUACAUUCUACCCUGUUGCAUUAUGGGAUACCCGACUUCCUCCAGUUUACUGGUUCAAAUCCCGCUGAAGAUGCUGGCCAGAGGGAACAAACACAGCGGCAACCUAAAAAGACAUCUUACACCAAAUCGUCUAUCACAAACAGCGCUGAUAAAAAGAUACGAUCUGAGCUGGAUGAUGCGGAUAGUUACCGAGAAAAGGGCCAAAUUGAAAAGGCCAUGGAGAAGUACAAUGCCAUACUGAAGCGCUAUCCCAAGAGUCCUCGUGCUCUUUAUGGCAAGGCAGAAAACCUGGACAAGCUGGCAGAGAAGAAACAGAGUAACACUUACCUGGAGGAAGCCAUACAGACGUUCCUCACUGUGCUUGACCUUGAAAAUGUCCCAGAUGACCUUGUGAUACAAACAGGCCGUAGAGCUGCUGAGCGCAUGAAUUUCAGAGGUUGGUCAGCUAAGGCAGUAAAGACCCUUCGUGGUCUCACCCAGAGGUUCCCCCAAAAUGUGGCUCUGAAGAAUGAACUGGGCGUGGCCUAUCUCAUGGUGGGGAAGACUGAGGAGGCUCGGCCUGUAUUCAAAGCUGCUUUAGAGAUUGAUCCUAAGAAUGGAUUUGCUUUGGUACAUCUCGGCUUCAUCUACAAGACUGCAGACAAUGACCCGGCUAAGGCCAUCCCAUUACUCAGAGAGGGAAUCAACACCAAGGCAGAGGGCACUGUGGAUGGAAGGUUCUAUUUUCACUUAGGGGAUUCCUUGCAGAGGGUUGGACAGAAGGAAGAGGCAUAUGAAGUGUACAAGGCUGGUGCUGACCUUGGGCUGUUCCUGUCAAUGUACCAGAGGUCACUGUACAAUGUUGAUCAUUUAACUGGUAGACCAUGGUGGACCCCGGAACAAACGACAUACAAGAAAUAUCUCAAGUUGUUGGAGGACAACUGGAAGGUGAUCAGGGAUGAAGGACUGGCUCAGAUGGACUUAAAAAGUGGAGCUUUCCUACCUGAAGAAGAAAACCUGAGAGAAAAAGGAGAUUGGAAACAGUUCACAUUGUAUCAAAGAGGUCAAAAGAACAAGAAAAACUGUCAAAAAGUGCCCAAAACGUGUGCCUUGAUAGAUCAGAUUCCUGCUGCUAAAGGCUGUAAGCGUGGUCAGGUGAAGUACUCCGUUAUGCAGCCAGGGGUCCAUGUAUGGCCCCACUGUGGGCCCACAAACUGUCGCAUCCGAGCCCAUUUGGGCCUCGUUGUGCCCGACGGACCCAGAAUCUCUGUGGCGGGCCAAGAGGGGAAAUGGGUAGAAGGGAAGUUCAUCAUAUUUGACGACUCGUUUGAGCAUGAAGUCUGGCAUGAUGGCAACUCUUUCCGGCUGGUGCUUAUAGUGGACUUCUGGCAUCCGGAGUUGUCUGACCACGAGAAAGCGAAUCUCUCUCCAAUUUAAAUGACCCUUUUUUUUUUUCUUUUCCUCCAGUUUUAGAUGUGCUGUUUUGUGUGCUGUCAGUGGAGAGAUUAAUUUUCUGUUUUGAUAUUCUUCCAUUGUUACCUGUGAAAAAAAAAGUGUCUUAAAAAGACACUUGUCAUACCUUUUUUCAUACUUGAAAAUUUAGUGCUUGUUCCUGUCAGUAAGUGCAUGUUAGAUUUAUACAUCUGUGAGAACCAUUACUGGUAUGUAUGUAGCCUGGGUGAUCAUUUGUGUUCAUAAGAUUAUAUGUUUUUUAACGCAUCUUUCAU